AUAAGAAGAGUCGUAUUUGAUCUGCCUUCUAAAAACAAAUUGCUGUCUCGGGAAGAGCAGGGCAAAGUAGCCACCUGAAAUAUUUUGGAGGAUGUCAGGAGUCACAGGAAUCGAGGAUGCUUAAACUGGAUUUAUCAUUCAUCCUGCCACGAGCUGCUUAAUACACCUCUUCACCCAGCCUUAUGCCUGAGGUAAAUGGCAGGACAGAAAGCGGUGUGAAAACUUUGAGAGGCGCUGGGGAGUCCAAGACUUUGUUUCUGGGUGAAGGAUGCAGACUAUAAAGUGCGUGGUGGUCGGAGACGGCGCUGUGGGAAAAACUUGUCUCCUCAUCAGCUACACCACCAAUGCCUUCCCAGAGGAGUACAUCCCGACUGUGUUUGACAACUACAGUGCCCAGAUGACUGUGGAUGGCCGGACAGUCAGCCUGAAUCUCUGGGACACUGCAGGCCAGGAGGAAUACGACCGCCUGCGCACGCUCUCCUACCCUCAAACUAACGUCUUCAUCAUCUGCUUCUCCAUUGGCAGCCCCUCUUCCUAUGCAAACGUGAGGCACAAAUGGCAUCCCGAAGUUUCUCACCACUGUCCAAAUGUCCCCAUUCUUCUAGUGGGCACGAAGAGAGACUUGAGAAAUGACCUGGAAACAGUUAAAAAGUUGAAAGAGCAGAGCUUGGCUCCCACCACCCCGCAGCAGGGGACUUCACUGGCUAAACAAAUUGGAGCAGUCAAAUAUUUGGAGUGCUCAGCAUUGAAUCAGGAGGGCGUUCGGGAGGUGUUUGCUGAAGCUGUCCGUGCAGUUCUGUAUCCUGUGACGAAGAAGAACACAAGAAAAUGUGUCUUAUUGUAGUCACCUUGGGUGAUGGAUGUUGCUGUUGACUAGAAUCUUGGAGGGCUUUCUAAUGAGUUAAAUUGAAGAUUUGCAUCUUGCACUAACAGCUCUAAGCAGAAAUCGGUUAUACAAUGAAUAUUCUUGCAGUCUUACUGCUUCAGGGAAACUGAAACAGAACAGGUUUUUUUUUUUCCAACAGAGAGGUCAAAUAUCUACUUUAUUUCUAAAGUUCCAGUCUCCAGCAGCUUCUCCAGGGAUCACCUGGGUUCUGUCCUUAUUUUAGCGGAGGAAAAUAAAAGAGGAGGCUCCUUUGAAGCCACUUCUUUACUAGAUAGCCAUCAGUUACUAGGUUUGCUGAAAAGCACCAAUUCUGAUAACCCCGCUUUAAGUCUAGCCGCUGCUUUUCCCAUCCUUUAUUUACUGAUUGAAUUUGUUUUACAAACAGAAGGCCGGUUGUUUUAUCAAUUUAAAGCUUGAAAACAAUUUGUUUACUUGCAAAAAUGCCUGAAAUAUUACUGAGAUUCACCUUAUAAUGAACUGUGAUCAUUUAUAUGAAGAGUUAGUGUAAGGCACGAUUAAUGCAAUGAGCAAGACCCAGGGAAUACCUGCAAUGAUUUUAUUAACAGAAGCAGGAGCUGAUUUUUCCUAAUGUAAGGAACUUAGAAAAAUGAUGAAUCACUCAAACGAGUGAUUUUCAUAGUUUUGAGUUGGAGAAGUGGUAGAGUAGUUUAGAUGCAAGUCUUCCAUAAGCUUCUAAACUGAGAUUUUAUUUCACUGUCCAAAGAGACAUUGCACCCUGAGAAUAAAGUUUUAACAGUUACCUUCCCGGGAUGACUGAGAUAUUUGGGAUGACACUUCUCAAAAUGAGAUUUUCAAUGUAAUCUCUCUGAUGAAUCCCAGAGACUUGAAAGCAGCUCUUGAGGAAUUAAUUGCUUCACUUCUUAACGUUCUUGGGGCCACCACCUGAGAUUUUUAUGGCAAAUUCCUGUGUUGUUUUUUUCUGUGAGAACACUGACAGAAAUUUUGGAGGUUCUGAUUACAGGAGCCCGCGUUUCUUCCUGUUGUCAGUUCAAUCUGUAAUGGUUAGCCAGUCACUGGAUAGGAUUACCUGGGCAGUUUUUUUUUUCCCUCUCUACUGGAUGCUCAGUUUUUAUGAACUCUUUUAACUGAAGUUCUAUUUACAUACUUUUUAACUUUCUUCAGCAGCUCUAGUAAGUGGCAGCUGGCUUUUAUUUUCAGGAUGUGCACUGUUCUUUAUGUGUGGUUCCGGGACCAGCUGAGGAGUGAGCGCAUGAAACCUUCCUUAGACUUAACCUUCCAGCUCGAUGGUAUGAAAGCAGCAUGCUUCAAAGAUACUUUGUGUGAAACCAGUGGUGCUGGACUGGGCUUUGUUGUCUGAAGUUGACAGUGCUGUCUUUGUCUGGCUGCAGCCUCAAUUGGUCAUUCAGAACUUGCUUUCUUGUGAUUCCCACACAUGCAAAACUGCACUGGUGUAUACCCUGGUCAGAAAAAAAGUGCCUCGUUUUAGCAGGAUAACAGAAAAUACAUCCACAAGGUUGUGAGGGAUCUUGUGUUAAUUUGAGCUUGCUUUAUCUGAUGCUGGCAAAAAUACCAGGUGGAUAGAAAUGUUUUUAUUUGCGCCCUUAUUCCACUCUUUGAAGAGGAUGUGCCUUUCUUCAGCUGGUGUAGCUGAUGCUGACGCUAACUGCAGUUCUUGUUUAUCUGACGGAUGCUCACUCUGGUACUGCUUUAGCCAUUGAUUAUAAAUUGCAGUUAAUCCAAAUACUGGUACCUGUGGUUAGUGAACCAACACCGAGUUCCAAACGUUGCCUGAGCUCAGGCAGUACCAAAACCCCCCAUUCUGUGGGAUGUUUGCAGAAGCCCUACAGACUCUGCAUAUUUUUCUUCACCAAGUGCCAUUGCCUGGAGUGUCUUUGCGUCUUUUGCACUUGUAGAGAAAGUGCUGUUCCAGAUGUGGUUCCUGCCACAGUGCCCUGAAGGCUCUGAGGGUAUAGAGUAUUCUGUGAGAUAACCUCUACUUACCACGUUCUGCCUUUGCUUUAGCUGUAGGCCUUUAGUGUGGGCUGGGCUUGCAGGCAGCAAUUAACUCUGUGCCUUGUAAUUCAAGAUUAUUUUCUGUAGGUAAAUUUCAGUAACUGAGUAAAUAGAUUUUACCAUGUUUAAAAUGUAUUUAUUUAAGCCAGUGCACAUGGUUUGUUUUAAUGUUGGUCAGACCUAAAUCAACUGUCUAGUUAUCGUGGUGCAAGCCCUUAACCUUUGCUUUAUUCAGAGAUGUACUUUAAAAAAAAGUCUGUGACAUGUUUGAACUAGUCUUAAGAGGUGCCUGUUAUUGAAAUUAAAAGUCUACUUUUUUUUUUUGCUACAUAUAUUUGCAGUUUUGUACUGAGGCUACUACUGUUUUAAAAAGUUUUUACUUUUUUACAUACUGAAAUCUUUUAGUUCUGUGUCUUUUGUGGUUGUUCCUAACUGGAUUACAAGAAUUUUGUGGAGAGGAAAUCUUGUGAGAAAGUAUUAUUGCACAACCCUUGCCCCCCUGUUUCUGUAGGCUCACAAACAGCCAUCCUGGUGUGAACUGGAAAAGAGUAUGGCGAGAUAAAAUUCAACUGCUUAAUCAAUUUA